AUGUGCUGCUGGGAUCCAUGUCCGUACAAUCGUGGAUACGGCGGCCCUUACGUCUACGUCCACGGUGACACGCGUUGUUGCGUUGAUUGCUGCAAUGCCUGCUGUCCAGACAGCCGUUCAUCGAAUUGCAUGCCCAGUAGUGGUGGAGGCGGCAGCAGCAGCGGCAACAGCAACAACAAUGCAGCCGCUGCCAUUGCAUUGGUGCUGAUCAUCAUCCUGGCGCUCAUCGGCAUCUUCUUCCUUAUGGCCGCCCUGGUGACGUGGAUCCAAAAAGUCUGGGCUCGCUAUAUGGCCUUGAAGGAGCUUCAGGAACUCACGGGAGAGUACAUCGUGCAGGACCUGGCAGAGUUGGAGAAGACCAUUGGAAAGGUCGAUGUGGAGCAGGGCACAGCGGUGCCCGGCACGGGCGACGACGAGGUGCCCUCCGCGCCGCCCUUGUGGGUGCCGAUGAUGCCGCAAGAGGUGCAAAGCAAUCUCUCCCGAGAUUUGCAAGCAGUGUAUGGCUAUCAGUCCUGA